GCGGCGCGGGCGAGCGGCGGCGGGCGGCGCCCCCCGGCAAUAUGUUCAAGAGAAUGGCAGAGUUCGGGCCUGACUCGGGCGGCAGGGUGAAGGGCGUUACCAUUGUGAAGCCGAUCGUGUACGGGAACGUCGCGCGGUAUUUUGGGAAGAAGAGGGAGGAGGACGGCCACACUCACCAGUGGACGGUGUACGUGAAGCCGUACCGGAACGAGGACAUGUCUGCCUAUGUAAAAAAAAUUCAGUUCAAGUUGCAUGAAAGCUACGGUAAUCCUUUAAGAGUUGUUACCAAACCACCAUAUGAAAUCACCGAAACGGGCUGGGGUGAAUUUGAAAUAAUCAUUAAGAUAUUUUUCAUUGAUCCAAAUGAAAGACCUGUAACCUUAUAUCACUUGCUGAAGCUUUUUCAGUCGGAUACAAAUGCCAUCCUGGGGAAGAAAACUGUAGUUUCUGAAUUCUAUGAUGAAAUGAUAUUUCAAGAUCCUACUGCAAUGAUGCAGCAGCUGUUAACAACAUCUCGUCAACUAACACUAGGUGCUUAUAAGCAUGAAACUGAGUUUGCAGAUCUUGAAUUGAAAACCAGGGAAAAGCUGGAAGCUGCCAAAAAGAAGACUAGUUUUGAAAUUGCUGAGCUUAAAGAAAGACUAAAAGCAAGUCGUGAAACCAUCAACUGUUUAAAGAGUGAAAUCAGAAAACUUGAAGAAGAUGAUCAGUCUAAAGAUAUGUGACAAGUGUGGACUUGAUAAAGAGCCUAUGCUGAAAAUGAGAGGACUUCAGUCAUGGAACUGUAUAAGUUCAAUUCUGUAACCGAAACUAUGAGAAUUUCACUGGCAAGUGAUUGAAGUUUGUGGCAAUCAACUUCAUAAA